AUGGCUGCACGGCCUACCUUCUUAUUGUUUGCCUGGGCCUCGGAAGAAGCGAUCAAUCAUGCCGAAGCAAUCUUUGGACCUGACGCCUCUAAAUUGAAAGGCAAGUCAACAAGACCAACUCCAAAGAAGACGUACAACAACUUCUUCAGUCCACCAUAUCAGCACAAUCGAUCUAUUAUCGUCUGUAUUGAUCACAUGGAGAUCAAAUAUGCUAAGUUUCUCACCUGCAUUGAUACCACUGUACGUUAUCGCUCAUGUAUUCCCGUGCAGAACCUGAGGACUGACCCUGUAUUUGAAGCAUUGGAUAAGAUAUUCCGCCGCUACAACAAGGCAGGCUUUCAAGUCAAGACGAUCAAGUGUGAUUGGGCGCUCAUUCCUCUGACGGAUGAUAUGCUAGACAAUAUGGGUGUUACUAUUGACCCAACUGCAGCUGGAGACCACGAGCCUACCUCUGAGCAAAACAAUAGGACAAAGAGUCAGAGUAGCUCUUGCACAAUUACCCUACAAAGUGGUCCCAAAGGUGAUCACUGA